GCGUGAGGCUAGAAUUCGGUUGGCUAGCCCAGCAGAUGCCCAUUUACUAGUUCAUGCUGUACUACCAACCGGUUGCGAUCGAGCAGAACAAGACACGAUGAUGAUGUUCUGGCCGUACGCCAUCUCGCUUCUCCUCUCGUCGCCGUCGCUGGAGGCCGCCGCCGGCGGCGGCGCCCUCUCUUCCCGGCGCUACGACUCCAUCUUCAGCUUCGGCGACUCGCUGGCUGACACCGGCAACAACCCCGUCGUCUUCGGCUGGUACUCCAUCUUCGACCCCGUCACCCGUCCUCCCUACGGCUCCACCUUCUUCGGCCGCCCCACCGGCCGCAACUGCGACGGCCGCCUCAUCCUCGACUUCGUCGCUGAACGCCUGGGCGUGCCGUUCUUGCCGCCUUUCCUGGCGCACAACGGGAGCUUCCGCCGGGGCGCCAACUUCGCCGUCGGCGGCGCCACCGCCCUCAACUCAGGCUUCUUCCACGCCGGCGAUCCUCCGGAUGCCAGCCCGCUCCCUCUCAACACCAGCCUAGGCGUGCAGGUGGGCUGGUUCGAGUCGCUCAAACCUUCGCUCUGCAACACAACACUCGAGUGUAGGGAUUUCUUCAGGAGAUCACUCUUCUUCGUGGGUGAAUUCGGGUACAACGACUACUUCUUCUCCCUCAGGAAGAAAAGCAUCCAAGAAAUCAGAUUGCUCGUCCCAGAUAUCAUCAAAACCAUCUCCAUAGCCAUCGAGAUGCUGAUCAAGCACGGGGCGAAGGAUUUGGUGGUUCCAGGCAUGAUACCGUCAGGGUGCGCGCCACCGGUUCUCGCCAUAUUUGCUGGACAAGCUGGCCCAGAUGAGUACGAGCCAGCCACCGGCUGCCUGAAGGCGCAGAACGAGCUAGCAGUGCACCACAACUCGCUGCUGCAGGAAUCCCUCCAGGGUCUCAGGGACAGGCACCCGGAUGCCAGCAUCGUCUACGCCGAUUUCUUCAGCCCCGUCAUGGCGAUGGUCCGGUCGCCUGGCAAGUUUGGGUUUGAAGAUGAUGUUCUUACGAUUUGCUGCGGAGGGCCUGGGAGCGCUUUCUGCGGCGAUCAGGGCGCGGUCACCUGCGAGGAUCCAUCUGCUCGUCUCUUCUGGGAUGGGGUUCACCUGACGGAGGCGGGUUACCGCUACGUCGCGGAGGAUUGGCUGAGCAUCAUCAUGGACUCACCUGGGAACAAAAUAAUUUGAGUGUUUCCAUAGUCCAAGAGAAGAUAAAAGAUCACCACAUCUUUUUGAUGUUAAAUUGUGGUACCUCUCGAGAUGUUGAAAAAACUACGGUGUCCACUGUCCUACACUGUAUUUAGAUAUUCCCUUCAUACGAUCUGGAAUUCCUCAUGGAUCUUUGAUUCCUCAAACAUGAUGGGAUUUCGGUUGGAAUGUGAGAAAAUAUAUCAUGUCGAUGUUUUCUUAACAAAUGUAAAAAAAAACCUAAAAUAAUUUUGGAUCUCAUCCAAACUCCACGAAACCACGACUAUCCGGGAUUGAUGACCUAUUUA